AUGCGGUCUCAGCUUCUUCGCGCCGCCGGGCGCACAAGACCUUUGCUGACCUCAACAACGAAGCAAGCGGCGACCAGGACGUUCACCUCCUCGGCCAGACGGAAUGCCGAAGUCGAACUCACCAUCGAUGGCAAGAAGGUGUCGAUAGAGGCUGGAUCAGCUUUGAUCCAAGCUUGUGAAAAGGCGGGCGUGACGAUACCUCGAUACUGUUACCAUGAAAAACUCCUCAUUGCCGGAAACUGUCGUAUGUGUCUAGUCGAAGUCGAACGAGUCCCCAAACCCGUCGCAUCGUGUGCAUGGCCCGUCCAACCCGGCAUGGUUGUCAAGACCAAUUCGCCAAUGACCCACAAAGCAAGAGAAGGCAUUAUGGAGUUCCUGCUGGCCAACCAUCCGUUGGACUGUCCUAUCUGCGACCAAGGUGGCCAGUGCGAUUUACAAGAUCAAUCCAUGAGAUACGGUGCCGAUCGUGGCCGUUUCCACGAAGUUACGGGCAAGCGUGCUGUCGAGGACAAGAACCUUGGGCCUUUGAUUAAGACUUCGAUGAACAGAUGCAUUCAUUGCACGAGGUGUAUUCGGUUUGCCAACGAGAUUGCCGGUGCUCCGGAGCUGGGUUCUACAGGCAGAGGCAAUUCAUUGGAAAUCGGCACAUAUCUUGAAAGGAACCUCGACACUGAACUCUCAGGAAACGUGGCUGACUUGUGCCCUGUUGGUGCUCUCCUGCCUAAACCAGGGGCUUUCAGCUAUCGGCCUUGGGAACUUACCAAAUUUGAAUCAAUCGACGUUCUGAAUGCUUUGGGCUCAAACAUCCGAGUGGACGCCAGAGGAUUGGAAGUCAAGAGAAUACUACCCAGACUGAACGACGAUGUCAACGAAGAGUGGAUCGAUGAUAAGACCCGUUUUGCUCUUGAUGGCUUGAAGACGCAAAGAUUAACGACACCGCUGAUCCGAAGGGAUGAUAAGUUCCUGCCAGCCACAUGGGAACAAGCUCUAACAGAAAUCGGCAACGCGUACGCCCGGCUCAAGCCUGGCGAGAACGAAUUCAAAGCUAUCGCUGGCCACUUGGUCGAGACUGAAUCCCUGGUUGCCAUGAAAGAUCUCGCCAAUAAAUUGAACUCAGAGAAUCUCGCUCUUGACCAGCCUGGAGGUAGCUCACCGAUUGCCCACGGUAUCGACAUCCGAGGAAAUUACCUUUUCAAUUCCAAGAUCUUUGGUAUUGAAGAAGCCGACAGCAUGCUCAUUAUUGGAAGCAAUCCCCGUUGGGAGGCAGCUGUCCUUAACGCCCGCAUUCGCAAACAGUGGAUGCGUUCGCCGCUUGAGAUUGGGUAUAUUGGUGAACCCUUUGAGAGCACGUUCGAAUUCGAGCAUUUGGGCACCGACGCUGCAGCAGUCAAGAAAGUCCUUUCCGGUGAAUUUGGAAAGAAAUUGGCGGAAGCCAAGAGACCUAUGAUCAUUGUAGGCAGCGCCGUCGCCGAGCACCCGGAUGCAGCAGCGAUUUUCGAGUCAGUGGGUUCCUUCGUGGACAAGCACCAGGCCAACUUCAACACUCCGGAGUGGCAAGGAUACAAUGUCCUUCAGCGGGCGGCUUCCAGAGCAGGAGCUUACGAGGUUGGCUUCACCGUUCCAUCUCAGAAAGUUGCCGAGACAAAACCCAAGAUGGUCUGGUUAUUGGGUGCAGAUGAGAUAUCCGAGGCUGAUAUCCCCAAGGACGCAUUUGUUGUUUACCAGGGUCACCACGGUGAGACUGGUGCACAGCUCGCGGAUGUCAUUCUUCCUGGUUCUGCAUACACCGAGAAAUCCGGAACCUAUGUGAACACUGAGGGCCGGGUGCAGAUCACUCGCUCUGCGGUCGCAAUACCCGGAGCGGCACGGACGGACUGGAAGAUUAUUCGAGCAGCAUCCGAGUUCUUGGGUGCCCCGUUACCAUAUGACGAUUUGGAAGUGUUGAGAGAUCGUCUCGAAGAGAUUUCGCCGGCGCUACGGAGAUACGACACCCUUGAGCCACAGACUUUGACUGGGUUGAGCAAAGUACAGCUUGUAGAUGCGAACAAGGGCUCUAAAGCUACAGGACAGAAGUUGGAGCUUCCCAUCAAAGACUUCUACCAGACGGAUGUGAUUUCAAGAAGCUCACCGACAAUGGCUCGCUGCAGUGCAGCAAAGGAGACGGGUAACCCUGAGACCAACUUCAUGGCCCCAGGUGAGCCAAACGCACAAGUUUCGUACGGUUAA